UCGCCGGCACUUCGACCAUCCCUCGCUGCAUUCCGUGCGCAAAUACUCGGCCACACACACACACGUCGCCAUCACGCCUGGAACCUCUUGCACGCCGGGAAGGGGCAAGGGAGACGUACCUCCUAUUACAGUUGCUGAAACGUCCUGCGAGCCGGCCGGGAUUCGAAAAGCGGCGGCCACCCCCCGCGCCUGCGGGGUUUUUACUUGCACCACCGAGACGGAUUGCGAGAGAACGCAAAUGCGAGCAUGGAGCAGAGACGGCGGCCAGAGUAUCAUCUGGACAUCUUUGCGGAUCUGGCCUGCGUCAAGGACGUCGUGAAAGCUAUCCUCCAUACAAUCUUCUUCCACCGCUACUUCACCUCGAUAUCGCCGCUCACGCGCGACCUCCUCGACCUCACCCUCCCCGCUAUCGAUGACGUGGAUCUGGAGACGCUGAUCGAGCAGCGGACCAUAGCGCUGGUGCGCGCAAUUGAGAGCACACAUCAGCAAAGAGGGAGGGGGCAGUUAGUUGUGCAGUUCUUCGAGAAGCGGAGGAGGAAGACGUAUUUCUUCGGCAAGGCGGACGAGGAUGUGUGCUGGGAGCAGUGGACGCUGGACGUCACUUUGGCAACCCCGAGGACAGAGACUGAUGUGCUCAAAGUCCGAAGGGCAAUGACAAAGAGCCUCGAGAAAGCAGCGCACAAGAUAAUCACCAUCGUCAACCGCGACAAAGACCACAUCCCGCCCAUUACUACUACUGACGCGAAUCCGUUUCCCUACCAAGUCGUCGUGAACCCGAAAGCUUCCACUGAUAAUAAUACCUGGGGACCGCGCAUGGGCAUUUUCUAAGCCGAGGAGUCAACCACGCCGAGGGGAAGGCGAGAGAGGUCGGAGCGUGGACGCCGUGACUCCGUUGUACAUACACUAUUCCGAGUCACGAUGUCUACGCGCCAUGAAG